AGCGUUCCACGUAAAAUGACGCAGGGCGGGGGCGUGCCCGAGAUGCGCGCUGCGCAAGGCUGCUUGUUGUUCCCGCAGAGAGGCGAGAAGAUGGCGGCCGUGUCAAGCGGAGGUGCAGCUGGGUCCGCUGCGGCCGGGAUUACGCACUCUGCCCGACCGACCCACGCAGGCAUGGGCUCCCAGAACCGAGCCCAGCCAUCCUCCGGGAUCAGCCACCCCAGUCGUACCGGCACGGCCACCGGGUGCAUCACCAAUCCUGGCCACACUUCGGCCACCAGGCCCCCCCCAGCCCGAGUGGGCCACUACGAAAUCGAGCGGACCAUUGGCAAGGGAAAUUUCGCGGUUGUUAAACUAGCCACACACAUCAUUACAAAAGCAAAGGUGGCUAUAAAAAUAGUGGAUAAGACCCAGCUGGACGACGAGAAUUUGAAAAAGAUCUUCAGAGAGGUGCAGAUCAUGAAGCUGCUGAAGCACCCCCACAUCAUCCGCCUCUACCAGGUGAUGGAGACAGAGAGGAUGAUCUAUCUGGUAACAGAGUACGCUAGCGGUGGCGAGAUAUUUGACCAUCUGGUAGCUCAUGGGCGUAUGGCAGAAAAGGACGCCAGGAAGAAGUUCAAGCAGAUUGUGGCAGCGGUCCAUUUCUGUCACUGCCGCAACAUCGUCCACAGAGACUUGAAGGCCGAGAAUCUGCUGCUGGACCACAACCUCAACAUCAAAAUCGCAGAUUUUGGCUUCAGCAACAUAUUUUCUCGAGGCCAGCUGUUGAAAACGUGGUGUGGCAGCCCUCCUUACGCUGCACCGGAACUUUUUGAGGGCAAGGAAUAUGAUGGACCUAAAGUAGAUAUAUGGAGCUUAGGUGUGGUGUUAUACGUGCUGGUGUGCGGCGCCCUUCCCUUUGAUGGCAGCACUCUACAAAAUUUGCGGGCGCGUGUCCUCAGUGGAAAGUUCCGCAUCCCUUUCUUUAUGUCCACAGACUGUGAGUACUUGAUCAGACACAUGUUGGUGCUGGAGCCCAGUAGACGAUUGAGCAUGGAGCAGAUCUGUAAGAACAAGUGGAUGAGACAAGGAGACCCAGACCCAGAGUUUGACCGGUUGAUAGCGGAGUGUGAACAGGUGAAGAAGGAGAGAGAGAUCGAGCUCAUCAACGAGCAGAUUCUGAUAGCGAUGUCAGACAUGGGUUUGGACAGAGAACGCACAGUUCAGUCGCUACAAACGGAUGCAUACGAUCACUACAGUGCCAUCUACAGUCUGCUUGCCGACCGCCUCAAGAAACAGAAGUCCCUCCGCGACGCCCCGCCCACACCGCGCCCCAUUAGCUAUUCUCUAAACGCCGUGCAGACGGACCCACAGGGUAAUCCCGUUAGCAUGACCGUUCCCCAUGUCCAGCUCAUCAACCCGGAGAACCAGAUAGUGGAGCCUGACGGAAACAUGGCCCUGGACAGCGAUGAAGGGGAGGAGCCGUCUCCUGAAGCCAUGGCUCGCUAUCUUUCAAUGAGGCGGCACACUGUGGGGGUACCAGACCAAAGGACAGAGAUGCAGGAGGAUCUCCAGAAACUUCAGACGGGGUUCCCCCGUGGUGCUUUGCCCCAGCCUCCCUUCCCCCCACUUGCCCCCACUAUGGGCCAAAUGCACACGCUCAUGCCCACACAGAGCCUACAGCCCACACAGCAGUUGGAGUACAAGGAGCAAUCAUUGCUGCAGCCGCCGACCCUGCAGCUGCUCAAUGGCAUGGGGCCGUUGGGUCGAAGAGCUUCCGACGGCGGGGCCAACAUUCAGCUACACGCUCAGCUCCUGAAGAGGCCCCGAGGGCCCUCGCCGCUCGUCGCCAGUCCGCAUCCUAUCCCUGCAGUAGCUCCGGUGGAUGAGGAAGGUUCAGAUGGAGAGCCAGACCAAGAGGCAGUGCAGAGGUACCUGGCGAACCGCUCCAAGCGGCACACGACGCACGUGCUCAUGAGCACACCGCAUGGCGAGCCCUCGGCAGAGUCACAGCGGCCCCAGGGCCCCCGCCAGAGGGCGGGCUGGGUCCCCGACAUACACACCCGAUCCAGCUAUAAGGACUGUAACACCCUUCAUCUCCCCAUGGAGCGUUUCUCUCCUGUCAGACGGUUCUCGGACGGCGCCGCCACCAUCCUGGCCUUCAAGGCUCACCUAGAGAACAGCAGCAUUAAGCAACUCAAGCAGGAGUGUGAGCAGCUCCAGAAAAUGUACGCUGCCCAGCAGGAUAAGCAACUCCUGGAGCACACCCAGCAGCAGCAUAUCCUGUACCAGCAAGAGCAACAAAUCCUCCACCAGCAAAUCCAGGGUCUGUCCUUAGGCCAUGGAGAGAGCCAGCCCAGUCACCUAACCCACCAGCUUCAGAGGUUGCGUAUCCAGCCCUCCAGCCCUCCGCCAACACAUCCCAGCAACCACCUCUUCAGACAGCCCAAUCAGAGUCCUCCGCCUGGCUCUGCAGGCCUAAUGCAAGGGCACGGAGGUCAGUCAUCAGUGCAGUACCAGCAUGGUGUUCCAGCGAUGUACCAGGGCCAGAGUGGCAGCCCACCGCCCACGGGCCUGUCUCGAGUCGCUAUGCCAACCAAUCCACAAGCAGCAUCUGCCCGCCCCGCUGUCCCGCUGGCACAGGGUGUACCUCAACAACAGCAGGUGACCAUUCAGGUGCAGGAGGUGGAGCUUGGAGGUGGGGCGCAGAGACAGGGCGGCUUUUUGUCCACGCCAGGGGGACACAGAGUCCUGGGGAAGCAGCUCAGCGCAGACAAUGCAGAGACUCACAGUCGCAGCCUCGGCCGCUUCACGUCGGGCUACGACGGCGCCCAGUUCAAUCCCCACCUCUUCUCUGGUGACCCAGCCUCCCGGGGCGCCUCUGGAGUGGUCGGCUCCUACAGCCCCUACCUGCAGGGGGCCUCCCUGAAAGUCCCUGGUCUGGACGGUUACCAGAGCGGUGCAGUGGGGACAGGCAGCUAUGGCGCCCCCUCUACACUACAGCAGGCCCUGCUCUCCCCGACUCCCUUGGACUACCGUCCCCCGCAGCAGCACGUCACUCCCACCCUGCAGGGCCUCCUGUCUCCCCGCCACUCUUUAACGGGUCACGCCGAUCCCCGCCUGCCCCCGCAAGACCUGGCCGCCCUGCUCAAAAGGCAGAGCCCCCGGCCGUGCCCGGCGCCCCCUACACCGCCCAGCGGAGCGCCGCCGGAGUACGGAGAGAUGCUGCUCCUCCGCCAGCUGAGCCAAGGGGAGAGCUUGGAGCCGCAGGCGCCUCAGAGUGCCUCCGGGGGGCAGCACUACCACCACCUCCUCCAAAUCCGGCCCCCUGACGUCCAGCCGCAGCAACACCCGGCUCAGGCGCCGUGUCCCAGCUUACCUCACUCAGAAAGCAUGGAGGAGGACGAGGUGCCGACUGGCUACCACCACCCGCACGAGGGCUUGCUGGUGAAAGCUGGGGAGGGCCACGAGCUUCUGGGGCCUCCCAGAGGAGGCACCCCGCCCUACAGCUCUCCCACACACAGGCAUGGCGGCUACAUGCGGAGUCCUCCAGCAGCAAGAGGAUCUUUUCUUUCAGAAUCGGAGCAUGUGGAGUGCAGGCCUCAAGGACAGGCCAUGGAGGUGCCUGAUCACAAUGGUGUGAGCUACUCGCGGGGUCCCCAGGGCGAAGCCUAUAGGUCAAGAGGACAGUUACAACGCCACCACACCAUCCAGACCUGUGACGACGCCUACGACCAGGCAGAUCCCAUGUCCGGGAUGAGCCUUUUGGCCGGGAAAGCACUAAGCUCUGCUCGCAUGUCAGACAUUCUCAGCCAGACGUCGCUGACUGGAAGCCAGCAGCUGCACCAUCGGGAAGAGUCGGUGUGCGACGUUGAAGGGGAGCUCCAUGCUGCGGCCUGCUACCCCUCCUCCUGCACCAGUGACAUGCUCCUCAGCUACAAGCCCCCUGACCUGCAGUAUAGCAUGGAGCAGGCCGGGGUCUAGCACAGGAAGAGGUGUAUCCUGUGUACAUCGGUCCAUAUCAGCCAUCCUGAGUUGUGUUGACUUGAGUUGAGCAGCAUCACGCCAAACCACCAUCGUCUGCCCAAGCGGGGGCGCUCUGUGUCCAUCUGUCUGUCUCCAUCUGUCCCUGGGAGGGCAGUCUGCGCGAGAGAGUGUGGUGGGCGGGGUGGGUACAGACAUUACAAGGGGUGGGGGUCACAGGUGGGGCCCUGGGGUUCAAAGGUCAAAGUGCCAGCAUUUUCUGCACGGACAUCCAGCAUUCAUUGCCGCGGGUCGCGUCCUCCAAGCCUCCCCCCUCCCCCCCCCUCUUUCGACUCGACCCCCCUUCACCGCCUCCACCCCACAAACCUGGCCCACCCCUCCCACCUCACGCCUACCCGCGAGCCCCGCCCCCAAAACCUCCCCUUUUCUACCCCCCAAGCGUCGGCAUACUUCAUUACGUGCCUCACAGGCCUCAUCGAAACAGUUACACUCGCAAGAACACGGGAGUCCAACAACGCAAAGAAGCAAACACACUGCUGCCACAAACCCAAAGUAUUUCACAUUAGGUGCGAAUGCGUGUCUGCGUGCAUGACUGAGGGAGAAGGGGCGAGCCGAGGGGGGCGGUGUCUGCGAAGUUCGGUCUGCUCCUCCCUCCCUCCCCUUCCUGCUGUCCUGCGGCAGAUCAUUCCUGGAGCAGACUGAAACCUCAGCAGCGGUGGCUCCUUUUGGCCGGGUGGCAGGUUGUUUUUUUUUUUUUUUUUUUUUUUUUUUUUUUUGUCUGUUUGUUUGUUUGUUUUUUUUGUUUCGGGUCAGGCUCCAACCGGGCAACAAAACCGCUCUAUCCAAAGAUGGAGCUUAGUGACAUCGCACAGGACAAACCAGCUCUCUUUUUAUUUUGUUCUGGCAUUCGUUUUACUUUGUUUUUUUUAUUUUAUUUUAUUUUAAAAGUCAUUUUUACGGCUAAUGUCCAUGUAGGCAUUAUGGUCAAUAUUGUUACUUGUUAUUACUGUUUUUCUGUAAAAGAAGUUUUAUUAUAAUGAAUAACAUUAUUAUUAUUAUUAUUAAAGGAAAACAACUCUGUGUUGCAAGGACGACAACAUUGUUCUUUAAUUACUUAAGUAAUUCUGCACUUUCGGUUCGAGCUAUCCUGUCUGUUUCCACCCCUCCUUGCGGUUCCUCCCUCUCUUUCAUGCUGUCACCCUGCUUUUCAGUUCCUCCCUCCACACCUCCUCCGAACCUAGAUUCCCCCCACUCUUCGUUCUCCACCCUCUUUUCCCAUGUCAGUGACAUUGUAUUGCAUUGUGGGUAGUUUUACCAGACAUUUGCUCCUUUCCUUGUACAGUGAUGCCAUGUAUAGAACGCUAUUGCAAUUUCUGUAUCAAAUAUUUUUCUUUCUUUUUUUUUUUAAUUUUUUGUUUUUAGAUGUUGUUGGGGAGGCUUUUUUUAUAUUGGUAUUGUUUAUCAUUUGUAUUUUUUGGACGUCUUCAAAUGUUUCUUCUUUGUUGUUUUUGUUUUCUUUAACGAAUCUUGAGAUUUCUAGCCAAAAGAGGACAGAGAGAAGAGAAGACGGCGCUCUUCAAAUGUCGGAGAAAAAAAAAAAAAAAGAUUGUUCUUAUUUGUUUUAAUAUUAUUACGUCGAGACACUUGAAUAAGAGGAGAGUUAUUAUUUUGUGUUGCUUUUUAAAGUAUCAUUUCAAUUGAUGUUGUGACUGUCAUUCUUGUUGAUGUCGGGCCUGUUUUCUGUUGACGGGGUAGUUGUGGCAGGCUAUACAGGGUCAGGCUUCGGGAUUUGUCUGGGUUGGUUUGGGUGCUACAAAGACUUGACACUCAAAAAGAAAAGAAAAAAAGGACACAGAAAAAAAAAAAAAAAACGAGGGAAUAACUUGUAAAAUAGCUGACAUAUCAUCCUAAACGUCGCAAGUGUGGAGACGGACAAACCCGCUUCUUUCUCCCUCUUGCUGCCCCACCUGUCUGCUGUGACCCUCCCACCAUCUUUGACUGCGUCUGCUUCAGAUCAGGUGGCGCCUUACGGACACGGCCCCUCCUCCCGAGCUUGUUACUACGGCAUCAGAACCCCCUCCCUCUACGCCGCCCCCCUCCUCUCCCUUCCUUGCUUUCUCGUUGACUCGCUUCGGCCUCGUUUUUUAUUUCGCCCUGAACCCGGAAGGGAAGGUGGGAGGAGGUGACGAUCGGAUUCGGCUCGGACGCGCCUCGAAACCGUAAAAGGGAACCAUUUCAGGAAGUGACCGUAGGAAUUAAUUAUCAAAAUACUUCUUCAGGAACAAAGGAAAUACGCGUUGUGGUCAGAGCAGGGCAGGGCAGGGUGUGCCCCCACCCCCAGGCCGCUGAGUCAGGCCGAAGCACAGCCAGAUGGAGGCUACGACACACCGGGGACCACAGCAGAGGACCGACCCUCCCCUUUCCUCCUUUUCUUUUAAAUUUACUUUAUUGUUCGACCUCUAUUUAUCCUCCUGUAUACAAUAAUCCUGGAUAUCGAAUCAAUAUUGGCCCGCCAAGAGACUGUGGUGCAAAAGCUCCACUUGUAUGUGUUUGUACAAGCCAGAUGUCACAAUACCUGGCUACACGGUCCACAUACUGCGCGCUGCGUAAACCUGAGAGCUGUCGACGGUGUCGUGCAGCGCUCGCGCUUACCAUUUGCGGCAUGCCACUUCCUGUUUACCAACAUUCACUCUCAUUCCAGCUCAGCGCGGUUAGUUCUUUGCAGUGGAAUCGGUUUCUCUCGCAGAAGAGCACAUGCAGGUGUGAACAGCAAAGUGGAUCUGAUGCGUAAAAGUGUUCCUUCCCAAACUGAGUCCAUGUCUUAUAGGACAGAAGAAGCUUCACUCCGUUCCAAGUCUCCGCUCCCUUCCGGCUCUCAUUCGUUCCUCUUUCAGGUCUGAGCUCCUGUUGUUAUUGUUUUUCCUCUCAUUGUUUACAUCAAGCCAAAUCAAGAACUGGAAGAGAAAGGAUUGAGGACUCGUUGGGUGUAGAGGAGGGAGGUGUUUGGAAUGGAAGACACUGCAUGUUUCUUGUCCCACAUCAGGACAGAAACUCAAAGGAUUAAAACUCUCAUCUUGUCUGAUGUAACGUUGUGGCCAGUACCAGAGGUGUCGUGCGCGGGUGGAAGGACGAGCAGGUGCACAUAGGAAGGGACUGCUUCAAGAUAAUGGAAAGCACUGCACAUGAUUCAGAAGUGACGGAGAGCGCUGCUUCACACACAUCUGCCUGAUUAGACUGACCCUUCUUUCCUCUCUCUUUUUUUUAAAUUUUCCUGUCUUAAAACUUCCAUCCCUGACUUCUGUCUUUUCUCUCCAUCCCAGCUCUCUGCUCCGCUCCGGUUCUUAGGUUCAUUUUGUUUUCUAUCGUUUCCUCUUUUUAUUUUAUUUUUAUUUUUUUGUCUUUUUUUUGUUGUUGUUGUUGUUUUUCUGUUCAUUUCUGUUGAGUACAAAAAUACUAAAGUGCAACAACAAUUAAAAAGAAUAUCAACCAAACUGAGAUGAAUAAAUAAAUAUAUAUAAAUAAAGAAAUAAUUUAAAAGAUUGA